AUGGAGAGAAAUGUGGACGAAAGGCCUCUAAAGGCCCAUAAAGGACUUUCACAGGAAGGAGACAGACGGGACCUUCAGGAGCUGAGGAUCGUCCUCCUGGGCCACAGCUGGCUGGACAAGAGCUUGACGGGAAACGCCAUCCUGGACAGACACAUGUUCGACACCAGCAGAGACGUGAAGAUGUGCGUCAGAAGACAAGGGGUCCUUGCUAACGGACGUAAAGUCGUCGUUAUCAGUACCCCUGAACGGUGGGUCCAGUACUCUGUUCAGGACACUGGCCUGGUGGAGGUAAACAUGGCCGCCUGCAUGUCCAUGUGCUCUCCCGGGCCUCAUGCCUUCCUCUUGGUGAUCCCCGUCGACUCUCACAGAGGACGGGAGUGGACGGUAGAGGGACCUCUACAACUGCUGAACAACUCCCUGUGGAGAAACGCAAUGAUAAUAUUCACCAGAAGCGAGAAACUAAGGGGGGCGUCGGUGGAGAGCUACACCGCAAAACACAGGUUUCUUCAGGACAUCAUGGCAAAGUGUGUGUACAGAUAUCACCUUUUGAACACAAGCGUCAGGGGAGAGGCCCAGAUUGCAGGGCUGAUGGAGAAGAUCAACGUGAUGGUUGGAGGAAACAUGAAGCCGGGAGGAGCUGGCUACGUCACUCCAGAUACAGACGUCUGCAGAAUGACUGAGAGAGAAAGCAGAGCGGUGAAAGAGAGGGCAGCUUCCAGGCGGAUGACUGCACAGACCACCAGGAGCACUCUCAGAUCUCUGAUGGGGGAGUGUCCUUUCACUGCAGCGCUUCAGAUUGUGGUUGUGGGUCCGAGGCAGGUUGGAAAGACUGCCGCUGCAAACGUCAUUCUUGGCGACGAAGGCUUCGCUGCAGGACGUCCAACCUCGCAGUGCAUCAGGAGGCAGGGAGAGGUGGGCACAAAGCGGGUCGCUGUUAUCGACACUCCAGGCUGGCAUGGCCGAUACUUCCCUGACGACACUCCACAGGAGGUACAGCGUGAGAUCGCCCUCAGCGCCGCUCUCUGCGAUCCCGCUCCUCACGCCGUCCUCGUGGCCGUACGAGCCGACGAGAGCUACACCGAAACCGACCGAACGAAAGCGGAGGAGCACCUGAACUCUCUGGGACUGUGGGUGUGGACUCGGACCAUCGUGUUGUUCACCUGGGGCGACAAUCUGGGAGUCACUCCAGUCGAGGAGCACGUAGAGCGAUGGCCCGCUCUGCAGUGGCUGGUGGACAAGUGUGGAAACAGAUACCAUGUUUUUGAUAACUCCAACAGGUUGAAUGAUGGGCAGGUUGAAGAACUGGUGAAGAAGGUUGAGGAGACGGUGGUGGAGAAUGACACUAAAUUCCUACUGAAGAGUCUCGAGGAUCUCCAGCGGAGCAGCAGAAAGCUGGAGCGAAGCUCCAAGAAGGUGGCAAGAAUGCUCAAAAAAGCAAAUGUGGAAAAUGAACGUCUGAGGGAAACUCUGGAGGCGAGAGAGAAAGAUGAGCAGGUCGAAGCCGCGAUGGUAAAAACGGGAACGGAGACAGAAAAGAGGCAAAGUGAAGAGAUUAGCAAAAGAUUAACAGAAGCUGAAAAGGAGAACAAGCACCUGAAAGAAGCCCUAAUGGUAAAAGACGGGAUGAUAACAAGGCUGGGUGAAAAGUGUGUUGAGAAAGAUGACGCCAUCAAAGCUACAAAACUAAACAUGGAGUCAGUAAAGAAAAUGGAAGAAGAGAACGUGAGGAAGCACGAGCAAGACAACGCUGCCCUAAAGAAAGUGUGUGAGGAGAAAGACAGAGAACUGGAACAAAUGACGGCGGACCACAAAAGAGGAGUGGAAGAGCUUCAGGAGACAAUCAAGAUGUUAAAGAAGGAAAACGAAGACACAAAAAGCAUGUUAAAGGCAACAAUCAACGGAGUGCAGGGGUACCUUCUGAGCAGAGAGCCACAAAGACUGAAGAGCAUGAAGAGUGACCAACACAGUAAAACAUUGACAAACCUCCGGUUUUUGGAAGAGUUACCUAAACAACAAAAACCUUCACUCGCCAAACCAGAAUCGGAGCAGAAAAGCCUCACAAGGAUGCACGUUGACAUCGAGCACCGAGAAAAAGUUUCAGACCGGUUCUCGCCGUGGCUGAGGGCCGGCGGCGCGGCGCUGGGGGCUGCAGCGGGGGCCCUCGCUGCCUCCUCCAGGUUUCCCGCAGGGUUCAGCGCCAGGUCGGCUUUCGGUGCAGCAGCCGGGGCUCUGCUGGGCUCCUUACUGCUCCGGGAAACCAGGAUCCAGCAACAGGAAACACACAAAGGAAAACAGCAAGGCGGGGAGAGCACUGCGAAUUUCUUAGAGACGUCAAAAUAUAUGAAUUGA